AUGCCGAAGCAUCCCGCGUUCACUUCGGCUAGGCCGAAGAAGGGACGCGGCAAGCGCCGGAAUCGCGAUGAAGGCGAUGACGACGCCGCGAGCGAAUUCCAACCCAGGAGCAUCGAAGACAUCCAGUUCGGGGCCUGGUACGAGAAGGCGCCCACUCUGCCACCACUCACGGAGCGGGAGGUGAAGUUGGAGAACCGCAAGCAGGAGCGCCUGAGGAAGAAGAAGGCAAGGAAGGGAAAGCUGACUGAGGAUGAGCUCAAGACGGCCACAAGCAUGCAAAUCGCGCAGCUGGCCACCAAAUUGGCCCAGGCCAAGGCCGCCUACGAGGAGCGUGCCGCCGAGCACUUCAAAGCGAGUACGCAGCCCUCCGCCCAUUUCUUUCUCAAUUCUUUCGCGAUUGCGAUUUAA